UGUUGGUGUGCACGUGGUUUUUCCAAGAGGCAAGGCAAGGCAAGCGAGAUGGGCCGGCGAGGCAAGGGCGCAGCCGCGUCAAGAGGAGGAAACGCGGAUGCAGAGGAACAAGAGCCAGUGUAUGGCCGCGUGUUUGGCGAUGCGCACGACGAGGACGAUCUCGUGCGCACAGAUGUCCUCGACUACCAGGCACUAAGAGAAAAGGACCCCGGUGAACGCAAUGCCUCGAGUGCCUCGAGUGAUGAGGAUGACGACGAUACCAUGGCCGUGCUGGGCCUGGACCACUACGACGAAGGCGAUGACGAGGAUGAGGACGAUGCUGCUGCAGAUGACUACGACUUUGGCGGGCGCGAUGAGGAUGAUGAUGGUGAUGCUGCUGCUGGCGACGACGAGGAUGACAGUGACGGCCGCGCUCGCGUGGAUCUGGCCAUGCUGCGCGAAAUGGGGGAAGACCUGCUUCUGCCAAGCAACAUGGACUACAUCAACAAGAUGGCGGGGUACAACCAACACGGCGACAUUGUGGACCGCAAGAACGCCGAGGCGAAGCAGGAGGCGUUUCUGAACCGCUGGGGGUCGAACAAGCAGGUGUUCUACGGCACCAACUACGUGGACCACGACUUCAAGCACAACGACGAGGAGCUGCAGGAGGCGAAAGACGAGGAAGUGGAGGCCCUGCGACUGCAGAAGCAGCAAGCCGAGGCAAUGGACGAGGGCGACUUUGAUGCGCUUCUGCCUGCAGCUGUCAAGGAGACCGGCGUGGCAGCACAACAGCAGCAGCAGCAGCAACAAGGCGCGCAUCCGCUGGAAGCGCUGGACGACCAGCCCGUCACCGUGGAACGCGACCUCUCCCAACUCACACAGAAGCAGCGCAUGAAGAUGCUGCGCAAGGCUCUUCCCGAGCUCGCCAGACACACUGCAUUCAUGCAGCAGCAGGUUGUGCGAUUACGGGAGGUGCUUGAGCCACUGCAUCAGCGGAUACAGAAGCUGUCCAAGGCGGCCGAGUUGCCGCAGUGGGCAGAGUACGUGGUUUUCCAGUACAAGCUGGCCACGGCCUACACAACCAACGUGCUGUACCUCAUCUAUGCGCAGGCCAAGGGCACGCUGCGGCAGUCGCACCCGAGCUACACGGCGUGCAGCACGCUGCGGACGGGUCUGGAGGCGACGUCGUCGGCAGCCAUCGACGAGCGGCUGGCACGCGUCAUAUCCGGGGACGAGGACGCGGAGGAGGAACCCGUGCCCGCAACAGCGGCAGAGGCGAUGCUGGCAGAGGAAGAGAGCGCAGAGGAGGAGGAGGACGAGGACGAGGAGGGAGGACAGGAUCUGGACGAAGCCGCCCUCAACAAGGCGGCACUCAAGCUGUACAAGAAGGCAGCAAAGCUGGCAAAGGACAAGAAGAAGCGCAAGCAACAAAAUGCUGUUGCGGCCUGCACACUUGUCUUGUGUGCUUGCCGCGCCUGCUGCUGCUGUGCUGUCUCACCAGCAGCUAUCGCACUGGCGUGUUGA